CGACCGCUAAAUAACUCCAGGGCUCACCGCGGCCUCCCGGCGAUGGCCUCGCUUCCCAGGCGCGGGCUGUACCCCUUGGAGGACACGGAAGGGGCCCGGCAGGAGGUGCGGGGCCAGUUCCAGCGGGUCCUGGCCCCCUUGGCCUCCUUCCCCGCCGCUUACACCCGCCUGAGGUCCUCGUUUCGGAAAGAGCUCCCUUUGCCCGACGCCGCCCCGGCCGAGAAGCCCGUCCCGGUGCCCAUCUCCCUGGCCGCCCUGCUGCAGCUGGUGCAGCGGCGGCUGGAGCUGGGGCCUUCGUGGGCCCACCUCCCCUCCCGGCCUCAGGCGGCCUUCCGGGGCAUCAUCCUGGCCGAGGUCAGGCACAUCUUUAAGGACCUCCAGCGCUCGUUGCACGACCAGGCCUUCGGCGCCCAGACCAACCGGGAGCUCUACCAGCACCUGGUGGCUUACAUCGGCCUGGUCAGCCAGCACCUCUUCCUCCACUACCUGUGCCUCCUGGAGCACCGCAGCAAGAUGGGCGUCUUCACCGACUGCGCCAACCUCACCCGCUUCUCGGCCCAGCUCACCCUGGACUGCUCGGCCUUCCUGAACGUGGCCGCCGUCCGGCACCGGCUGGUGAUGGAGAUGAAGACGGCCCGGAGCCGCCGGCCGGAAUCGGCCCGGAGGGACCUCGUCCCGCUGGCCCAGGUGCCCAAAGAAACCCUCGGGUGCCGCCUGGGCUUCACCAUCAGCCACUUCAUCCGGCUCACCAAACCGUUCGUGCCGACGGCGAGGAAGAAGGUGGCCGAAGAGGUCAAAGAGCUGGAAAACUUACCUUCGCUGGACAUGAACAAAGUCAAGCAGUUGAAUCUGCCAACGGCCAAGGAAAUCAGUUUCCUGAAGAAAAUGACCUGCGCGGCGGUCAGAGUACCUUGCCCUUCGUCCUCGAGAGAGAAGAUGAAGCCCCAGCGGAUAAAAAGGACAACGUCUGGCUUGAAGAGGAGCCAGUCCCUGCCCAAUAUGAGAGCCGGACGGCUCUUGGCAGAUGAACUUGGAAUCCACAUAAGGCCCCGGCGGCUCAGCCCAGAUCUGCCUUGCCACUACGCCGACUCCGCUGAAGACUGGGAACUCAGAGGCUCGGAGCACCUGGAUGAGGAUCUCCAAAGGCUGGUGCAGGGCUGCAUUGUGAAAAGCAGCCCGGGGCAAGGAAAGCAAAAUGACGAUUUAGAACUGCCUCCCCUCAUUAAAGCCUUGACGAGGCGCAAGGCGAACGAACUCCAUGAGGAGCAUCUCCAGACGACGCUCAGUGCUCUCCAGCGGGAGGAGUAUGUCGAAAGGGAGCGGAGAAACACCAUUAUCGCUGCCCCGGCCUCUCACCCUCAGGCGGCCACCAUUAACGUCCAAGUUCACGACAGGAUGGUUGUGAAAGCGGCCGACUUGCAGGUGUCAGACAGAGUCUUCCUGGAAGCGGUGGUGCUAGAGAAAUGUCCACCGAUUUACAAUCACCUCCUUGGGGAGAUAAACGACGCGACCUUGAAGUCCCUGGAUGCCAACCUUUCCACCGGAGAAGAAGUCCGAGAGAUGUACAAGGAACUGAUGAACACGAUCCCAGAAGACCACCUGAAGUUUGAUGCGGGGCCCUUGAUUGAAUCCCCCGCGGUCGACAUAGAUCUUUCAGGCUGCUUCGCUUCCUCCACACUGACCAGAAGGAAAAAUGAGCAGGUCAUUAAUGACGAGCUGAGUAAAAUCUUGCCCGCUGGACCUUAUUCCCCCGAGGAAGUGGUGGACACCCCGCAGACUCCAAAUCUUCCUUUCAAGAAGAAAUCCAGUAAAAAGGAAUAUGCCUCUUGGCUCAAAUGGUGGAAGAAAACGUUCAACACGGACGAUUACUUGACAUACAUCGCCACCAAGGAGUCGGAUUAUUUAGCCGUGAUUUUUCAUUUGUACAAUUUUGGGGGAGAGGAAGAAGAGGAAGAGAAAAUGCAGCAGGCGGCCGUUGAUGAGGCUGAAGUUAGGGCACAGGAGAAAGCGAAGAGGGCGGCCAUUAAAGAAGCCUUAGGGCUUCCACGCAAGGAGGACAAAAUUGAGUCCGGACAUUCAGAGGGGAUCGCGAUGGAAAGAGUGAGCACUCCAGAUGCUGCUGAGGAUGUCAGGCUCUGGCAGGGAGGCCUGGGGACUUUGGGCGAUUCUGACCACAAGCCAGAGGAUCUCAGAGCCCUGCAGAGAAGGUUAGAGAGACUUUGGGUGGUGCUUCACUUCUCCGAACGAGAAAGGAUGGAUAUGGCCAUCAAAUACAGUUCCCAUCCGUAUUACUUGUUGCUCCCAGAUAUGCUGCAGGCUUGGGAGGAGGCGGCCCGGUCCAUUCAGGACCGGGAGCUUCUGCUGGCUGAACUGGAAAAGUUUGAGCUGACGGCUUCGGAUCCAAACCGCUUAUUCAGUCUGGAGCCCCGGGCCUAUGCCCGGCGGAUGCAAGAAGGGGCGACCAGGAACCGCUUGCGCUCCGAGCUGGCCCAGUACGACUCGGAGCUCUACGUCAUCCUGACCCACAUCCGAGAGGCCUUCAACGACACCGUCACGUUCAAAGGACGCCCCUACCUGAAGAAGAUGGAGUGGGACACCGUGGAAAUGCUCUACUGGUUACAGCAGGAGCGCCGUGCCAGCGCAAUGAGCACAGCCGUCUACAGAGGGAGCCCUGGAAGGAAACUGCCCCCUCUUGGUUAAGACAGGCACCGUCUUAUCUCAGGCAGAUUUUUCAGCCCCAAACGAUGGCGACGGACGAUUCGGUCCGUUUAGGUUCCUUCCUUGGGACCCUUUGGCUCCAAGACAGCUUUUAGUGAGGUUCGAAGAACACAAGCUGGGUUAGGAAACAGGAAAGGGGGGGCAGCUGGGGGAUCAGCUGCCUGUGGGCCUAUUGGAUCAUAUGGGCCAAGGCGGCAGUGAGCGGCCACUCUGCUCAUGGUGCCUUCCAGAGAUGUUGGUGAGAUUUGCCUUCUUCCCAGUCAAAUAGAAUCUACGGAAGACCAUGAGGUUCCUGUUAUCUAU